CCCGUCGCCGACCAGAGAGCGCGAGCGAGAUAGAGAGAGAGAGAGAGAGAGAGAGCCUUCACGCUUGAAUUCGCGAUUCCUUUUGGUCCCUGCGUAGGCCCGCACCAUCGCCCCCGCACGCCGGUUGCUUCAAGGGUCCGCCUCUCCUGCGCUCACUGCCACUACCACCACCACCACCACUACUACUACUACUACUCCCCUACAACUGCCAUCUUAUCCGCACUCGAUUGCGCACUCCAAACACACCAUGGCCGCACCCCACCCUACGUCACCGCGCACAGCGACGCCUACCUCUGGAAGCCGCACCAUGGAGAUGCGCCCGCAGCCCGUCCUGCGCCUGUCCGCGCCCUCGGGUGUGCUCCGUCUGCGGGCAGAGCCGACGGAGCGACGACACAUCCAGUGGGCCGAGGACGUCGUGGACAACGAAGGCAUGGGAAAGAAGUCGUCCAAAGUCUGCUGCAUCUACCACAAGCCCCGCGCCGCCGACGAGUCUUCGGAUGACGACUCCUCAGAUUCCUCAUCGUCAGACUCGGGCUCAGACUCGGAACCCGACAACAGCACCGCAAGGCCCACUGGCAGGACCGGUGGCGCGCGUGGACGACGGCCACAUCAGCACGACCGCAACGACUGCGCGGGAGAUGGUGGUUGCGGUGGGAGCUCGGGCCACGCACAGAAGCACAAGAGACAGCGGAGGAAGCCCAGCCCCAAUGCCUACGAGAAGAUGCCGAAACAGAAAAAGUAGUCUGUGCCAGCGCGCCGAUUGACGAGUUCACGGGGCUGCGCCUGGCCUGGCCUGGCCUGGCCUGAUACGAACUGAACACGAUUCUCUUUGCUUCUUCUGGGUUUGCUUCCGCACGGAGUUAUGGUAUGUCCGAUCGACACCCGUUGAUCGGAACUGCGUUAUUGCAUAGCAUUGGGACAUGAGCUCUUCUUUUUUUACUCUCUCUCUCUCUCGAGGUUGCUAAAACUUGGUCAUUAUAUCGAUGCUAGAUUGUACAUGCAUCACGGCGUUAGAUCACCAUGCCUGCACUUUGGGUGAAUUGAAGCAUUGUAGAAUUGCUUAUACCACGACGUACAUAGUCUACAG